GAAGGACAGGGUUUGCUACUAACGGAAGUGUGACUGUUGUUUAUCCGGCAGUUAGCCUCCUCGUCGUUGGAAUAUAACGAUGGCACACGCUGCAGGAAAACAAGGACCUAAAAUUGUCUCCAAAUCAUCUGCGGGAGGCACCGGGGCGGCGGGGGCUGGUGGUGGGCCCCCGGUAAUGCCCCUCGCCUCUCCGCUCAUGGGGAAAAAGAAGAAGCCGUUUCUGGGGAUGCCCGCUCCGCUAGGCUACGUCCCCGGUCUGGGUAGAGGUGCAACUGGUUUCACCACCCGAUCUGAUAUUGGUCCUGCUCGUGAUGCCAACGAUCCAGUGGAUGACCGACAUGCACCUCCAGGGAAGAGGACCGUUGGGGACCAAAUGAAAAAGAACCAGGACGACGAUGAUGAAGAUCUGAACGACACAAACUACGAUGAGUUUAAUGGAUAUGCAGGUAGCUUGUUCUCCAGUGGUCCCUAUGAGAAGGAUGAUGAAGAAGCAGAUGCCAUAUAUGCAGCACUGGACAAGAGGAUGGACGAAAGACGCAAAGAAAGAAGGGAGCUGAGAGAGAAGGAAGAAAUCGAGAAAUACCGUAUGGAACGACCCAAAAUCCAGCAGCAGUUUUCAGAUCUAAAGAGGAAAUUGUCAGAGGUGUCAGAGGAGGAGUGGCUGAGCAUCCCUGAGGUGGGAGAUGCCAGGAAUAAGCGCCAGAGAAAUCCCCGCUAUGAGAAACUCACCCCUGUCCCCGACAGCUUCUUCUCCAAACACCUGCAGACUGGAGAGAACCACACUACUGUUGACCCUCUGCAAGGGCUGGGAGGUCUGAACACACCUUACCCAGGAAGCAUGACACCAGGGACAGGAGAGCUGGAUAUGAGGAAAAUCGGUCAGGCCAGGAACACACUUAUGGAUAUGAGACUCAGCCAGGUGUCUGACUCUGUGAGCGGACAGACAGUGGUGGAUCCUAAAGGUUACCUGACAGAUCUCAACUCCAUGAUCCCCACACAUGGAGGAGACAUCAGUGACAUCAAGAAGGCUCGUCUACUUCUUAAAUCAGUGAGGGAGACCAAUCCCCAUCACCCGCCUGCCUGGAUUGCCUCUGCCAGGCUGGAGGAAGUGACCGGAAAACUGCAGGUGGCCAGGAACCUGAUCAUGAAAGGCACAGAGAUGUGUCCUAAGAGUGAGGAUGUGUGGCUGGAGGCAGCCAGGCUCCAGCCCGGAGACACAGCCAAAGCUGUGGUAGCCCAAGCUGUCCGCCACCUGCCGGGGUCCGUCCGCAUCUACAUCAGAGCUGCAGAGUUGGAGACAGACAUCAGGGCCAAGAAACGAGUCCUCAGGAAGGCCCUCGAGAAUGUGUCCAAGUCAGUACGACUGUGGAAGACAGCUGUUGAGCUGGAGGAGCCAGAGGAUGCCAGGAUCAUGCUUAGCAGAGCUGUGGAGUGUUGCCCUACAAGUGUGGAGCUGUGGUUGGCACUAGCCAGGUUAGAGACAUACGAGAACGCACGUCGUGUACUGAACAAAGCUCGAGAGAACAUCCCUACUGAUCGCCACAUCUGGAUCACUGCUGCUAAGUUGGAGGAGGCCAACAGCAACACUCAGAUGGUGGACAAGAUCAUCGACAGAGCCAUCACUUCUCUGCGCGCCAACGGCGUGGAGAUCAACAGAGAGCAGUGGAUACAGGAUGCAGAGGAGUGUGACAAGGCAGGCAGUGUAGCUACAUGCCAGGCCGUGAUAAGGGCUGUCAUAGGGAUUGGUAUUGAGGAGGAGGACCGCAAACACACCUGGAUGGAGGAUGCAGAUAGUUGUGUGGCCCAUGGGGCUCUGGAGUGUGCCAGGGCCAUCUAUGCCCAUGCUCUGCAGGUCUUCCCCAGUAAAAAAAGUGUCUGGCUUAGAGCUGCUUACUUUGAGAAGAAUAACGGCACCAGGGAGUCUUUGGAGGCCCUGCUCCAACGGGCCGUGGCUCACUGUCCCAAAGCAGAGGUCCUGUGGCUGAUGGGGGCCAAGUCCAAGUGGCUGGCUGAGGAUGUGCCUGCAGCCAGAAGUAUUCUUGCUCUGGCCUUCCAGGCUAACCCGAACAGUGAGGAGAUCUGGCUGGCUGCUGUCAAGUUGGAGUCUGAGAAUAACGAGUAUGAAAGAGCCCGUCGACUGCUGGCUAAGGCCCGCAGCAGUGCCCCAACCGCCAGGGUAUUUAUGAAGUCAGUCAAGUUGGAGUGGGUGUUGGGGAACAUAGAUGCUGCCCAGGAGUUGUGCACCGAGGCCCUGAAACACUACGAGGACUUCCCCAAACUUUGGAUGAUGAGAGGCCAGAUAGAAGAGCAGUGUGAAAACAUGGAUAAGGCCAGAGAGGCGUACAACCAAGGGUUGAAAAAGUGUCCCCACUCGAGUGGCCUGUGGUUGCUGCUGUCUCGUCUUGAAGAGAGAGUGGGACAGCUGACCAGAGCCAGAGCAAUCCUGGAGAAGGCCCGACUCAAGAAUCCCCAGGGUGCCGACCUAUGGUUGGAAUCGGUCCGACUGGAGUUCCGGGCUGGACUAAAGAACAUCGCCAACACACUGAUGGCCAAAGCCCUGCAGGAAUGCCCCAAUUCAGGUAUCCUGUGGGCUGAGGCAGUGUUUUUGGAGGCAAGGCCCCAGAGGAAGACUAAGAGUGUGGAUGCUUUGAAGAAGUGUGAACAUGAUCCCCAUGUCUUGCUUGCUGUGGCCAAGUUGUUCUGGAGUGAGCGAAAGAUCACCAAAGCCAGAGAGUGGUUUCUGAGGACAGUAAAGAUUGAGCCAGACCUGGGAGAUGCAUGGGCUCUCUUCUACAAGUUUGAGUUGCAGCAUGGCACAGAGGAACAGCAAGAAGAAGUGCGAAAGCGCUGUGAGAAUGCGGAGCCCCGCCACGGAGAGCUAUGGUGUGCCGAGUCCAAACACGUCCUGAACUGGCAGAAGAAGACAGGAGAGAUCUUAGCAGAGGUAGCCAGCAAGAUCAAGAACACGUUCUGAGAAUGGGGAAAAUGUGGACUGAAAACACCUGGAGGACUCUGGCAGUCACCAGUCGAGCAGGAAACAGCUAUGGACAUGCUCAACUAUUGUUCUCAACCAGAACUUGCCCAUCUGUGGCAGAUACAAAAAUUACUCAGACAUACCCGCCCCCGCCCCCCCCCCGCCUUAUCUUUUUUAGGUUUACUGUUUUACCAAAUGGAAUCACAGUUUCUAUACUUACCAACAGAGAAUGAUAAUAUAUGUCAAAGUAAAACCUAAGUACAAAUUUAAAACUCAAAAUCACUGAUUACAGUCUUCAAGUGAAUAAGUAACAGCAGUAGUAGGUUUUUGUGGCUAGGUCUGGUUUUUCAGGUAGCGCAGGGACUGUCUUUGAACUGUAGUUUACUUUCUAGUCUUCAGAUGGAUUGAGUUCAGGACUUUGAAUCGGCCACUCCAAGACAUAAUAUUAUUGUCUUUAAGCCACUCCUGCGUAGCUUUGGUUUUACAAUUUGGCAUUUGCGUUGCUGGAAAGUAAACCUUCUCCCAAGUCUGCUGCAGUUUCUUUUGGAUUUUAGUGUAUUUUGCUACAAUCAUUUUUCCCAGAGCCUGCAACCGAGAAGAAUCCCCACAGUGUGAAGUUGCCUCCAUCGGUUAAUGGUGGAGAUGGUGUGUUUCAUCUCUGUUUUUGCUUUCACCAAAAAAUAUAGUGUGUAUGACAAUGCAAAUGUUUAAUGUUGGUCUCAGUAGGCCAUAGAACCUUCUUCCACUUAGUUUGACUCUUCCACAUGCCUUCUGGAAAACACUAGCUCAGAUGUUAGACAAACAGUUUGCUUAUCAUUUUAACACUGGGCUACACCUGGCAGAUCACCCAGGCAACAAUUGUUUAAGUAGUUCUCAGAAUAAUUAAAGGGAAACACACCUACUCUACUGAAGUGGUUGCUUAAUUCAUAGAUUUUUGUAAAUCAACCUUCAGCACAAUCUCUAAAGGCAAAAUGUUGAUGUACAGCAUGACUUAAAGGCUAAUAUCAGAGCUAUGAGUUUGCAGCUCUGUCUUUUCAGCUUCUGAUGAAAAUGCACAGUGUCUCACAUCUCGACAACCCUCAGAAUUAUGCAUAUUGAGCAUCUUGGAAAUGUUAAUGUAAAGUAACUUCUGUAAUUUGGACCUAGCCAUGACCACCCAUGUGAAAUACACUUGCUAGUCUCUAUUGUUAUGCCAUCCUGUUGGUCCAUGUGGCCGUUGGUUCAGGUCUGCAUUAGCUGUGUGUGCCAGUUGUGUGUGCUGAAUUGAAAGAGUGUGAAAACCAUGGCCCAGCAGCACCAUACCGGCCAAGUUUGGGAAAGGACACACAGGUGAUCUCGGUGCAACAUAUAAUGUGAGUUCUAACAAGUGGAGAUGACAACGAUGGAGAUGUAUUAUAGUAAAGGGGGUUAAAAAUGAGAGGUAAUCCGUUAUUUUGUUUUUUAUUUCUACUAAAUUAGGAUCACUAUGUUGAUUUGUUUUCCCUUUGACAUUAGUCGGUUUUUCUGCUGAUUACUGUGAUGUUGUGAAAAUUUCAAAAAAACAAACUUAAAUGGGUACUGUGGGAGAGAAAUAUCCAAAACACUCAUGUUGAUUCCACUUUUAUAGUAUGUCUGGACUGAACUUUAGAUAUUGGGUAAUAUUGUCAAUACUUGUUUGUUAAAAAAAAAUAGAACAUCUUAUUUUUGAGGAAUAUUGUUUUCAUGUCUAAGUAAUUGUAUAUAAACUCCUUGUCCGGGAUUAUUACAUGCUUUCUCAUGUUCUAGUAGUGACAUGCUUUUUUAUUUAGCAUGCUUUAAAUGUGUUUAAAUACUUUGUAGGCAUCCAAUAAACAAAAUAACAGUU